UUUCUUCUCCUCCUCACUCCACAGCCCUCAUCUACUCAUUUUUUUUGUGAAAAAAUUAACCACGAAGUUUCAAGCAAACAAACCCGGCCAGUAGUUAAACAUAAUGGGCACUCCUUGGCCUGAGAAGCUGUCAAACACUCGGCAAAAGGUGAUCAAAGAGCUAGUUCAAGGCCAGGAGUGCGCAACCCAGCUCAAGACCCUGCUCCACAAAACCUUGGAAGACCAGCUUGUGUCCAAAAUCUUAAGAUCUUUCACCGAGUCUAUUUCUGUACUCACUUCUUUUGAGUCUGGGGAGGUUUGUCAGAACCUUCAGGCUGUUUCCCAUGCUGAUUCGCAUUGCGAUGACCGGAGGUCUGAAGACUCUGGCGAGAGUAGCAGAAAGAGGCCCGCUUCCAAGGAUCGUAGAGGGUGUUACAGGAGGAGGAAGACUGCACACACAUGGACAACAGUCUCUCCCACAGUAGAGAAUGAUGGUCAUGCGUGGAGAAAGUACGGCCAAAAGGAGAUCCUCAAUGCUAAGCACCCAAGGAGUUACUUCCGAUGUACGCGCAAGUUCGAUCAAGGUUGCCGGGCGACCAAACAAGUCCAGAGAAAGGAAGACGAUCCGCAAAUGUUUCAGACCACAUACAUUGGUCAUCACACGUGCAGAGACAUACUAAAGACGCCGCAAAUCAUCACGGAAUGUCAUGGUUGGGAAUCUUUCUUGGGUAAUUCGGAAUCAGCGAUCCCAAGUAAAGAAGAUGGCGCUGUGACGACUGUCAGCUCCUCCACCCCAACCAUAAAAGAGGAAUCUAAGGAAGAGGCACUGAGUGACCUGACUGACAACCUUCCGUCUUUGGGCGAUCAUCUUUGGCCAGAUUUAAAGGAUUUCGAGUUGUCCGGGCCUAUGGGGUCCGAUAACGGAGAUGUGGUGUCUACCAUGUACUCCUGUAGGGACACUGAUUCUCUUAGUUUGAACAUUGAUUUUGACGGUGAUUUUAGCCAGUUUCUCUAGGCUUAAGGCUUAAUUAAGGCUGCCCGCCUCCUUUAAUUGUACAACAAGCAUGUUAUCGAUCGAUGUUAAUAACUUCAAUAUCCCGGCCACUUGCAAUAUUUGCUUAGAAAUAAUUAUAUGUUUAUAUUAAUUAGAGAAAAUAAAAGCAAAAGUUCAUAUUAA